AUGAAUUCAGUGAGAGCCCGUCCCCAUUAUGUGUUCUUAUUGGUGCUGGUGCUCCAUAGCUGUCACGUUGCGAAAGGAAAUCAAAUUGGGCCCAUCAAAGAAGCUUUAUUCCUCGGAACAGAUAUUGGAAACGCAACCCAGAAAGAUUGCAUCUACAGGAGAGGAUCCGACAGAGAUUCUUGUCCAGAUCCUGAUGUCAAAUUAAUCAUGUACACCAAACACGAGGACGUUAUUAAAAAAUCCACAGUGGACAUUUUCCGUUCCGAUUGGUUGAGGACAAGUUCUUGGAAUUCCUCCAAAUCUAACGUGGUUCUCAUCCACGGAUACGCUGGGGGAGAUGAUACUUUACCAAUAGUAGUACUUCGGGAUGCGUAUAUUAUGACUGAUCGUUACAACGUGUUCAUGGUAGAUUGGGGAGCCCUUUGCAAGCCCCCAUGUUAUGUAGCCGCAGUACACAAUGUACGACCAGUUGCCAAAUGUUUGGCAGAAGCCCUGUCUUCAUUAAGGGAUGCUGGUUUGCCAGUUGACACUGACCUGGAUUGUGUGGGACAUUCUUUAGGAGCUCACAUUUGUGGGGUCAUGUCUAACUUUUUGCUGUUUAGGUUGCACAGAAUCAUAGGUUUGGACCCUGCAAGACCCCUAAUAAAAUCAGGAAACGCCCAUCGUCUCGAUGCUGGUGAUGCCAGAUCGGUGCAGGUUGUGCAUACAAAUGCAGGAAAAUAUGGAGAAACUGGACGAGUUGGUCAUGUAGACUUUUGUGUUAAUGGAGGAAGAACACAACCUUAUUGCUCAAAUGCCACAAAUGAAGAUUUAUGCAGUCAUAUAUGGUCCUUGUGCUACAUGGCACAAAGUUUGUACCACGAAGGGCCUGAUUAUCAAGCUGAACCUUGUUCAAGAAGAUGUCCUGCAGGCUUAAGGCCUUCAGACCCAAUUAUGGGACCACCGAUUUCUAUGGGAGAAAAAACUCCUUUGGAUGCUUAUGGUUCAUAUUGUCUAAAAGACCAACUGCAACCAUUUUGCCCCACGGAAACAGGGGCGCACGGAGACCUCCGAUGUUGCAUAAAACCGAAAAAACAAAAUUCGAAACAGAGACCCCAAAGACGAAGACUUAUGAGGAGCGGAGUAGGGAUAUUUGACCUUUUAAAUUAA